AAUUAAAAGGAAACGCGAUAAAAAUAUAUGAUUGCACAGCAAUAUGUUGGUAAACUGUGAUUUUCAGUCGUUAUAAAAUGUGAAAAAAAUGAUAAAUAUCACUCAGUCUUUGUUUAAUAUAUGUAAGAAAAUUUUUUCGCAAAUGACUCGACACGGAUAAUAAUUACAGAUGUUUUAAUUUAACGAUAUUAGUAGUGGCCAUUUAUGAUUCGCUCAUUUUUAAUACCUAAAAAAACUUAUAAGCGCUCCAAUUUCAUUUACAAGAAUAAAGUUAUAAGUAAAAUAUUACUAAUUAGAUGUGUCAUAUAAAUACUAUCAAAUUGCCGCUCGUGUACCAGAAACCCAUAUUAAUUAUUGCUUUUCCGUAUAUUUUGUUAUUAAUAAUCGUGUCGUUAUAAACGAUUGUUAUGUGAUCAGCUGUUGUUAUAUUGAGGUUAGAGUGAAGAUGUCCAAAACAAUAUAUUUUUACAGUGUUAACGAGACAUAUAUGCCUCCACGAGGAUAAAAAUAUCAAAAACGAAUCGUAUCUGUAUUUAAUUGGUGCCAGUUUGUGCUGCCUUGUUUAUUCUCAUUAUUGUAACAAACACUUGUACAAUUUUCAUAAUCUAUUAUUAUCGUUUUAUACUGAACAUUCAACAUAGAUAACGACUCAGUAGGAGAAUAGUGUGAUUUGAAUUUUUAUAUCAGUAAGAAUAAUACAUUCCGUUGGCUAAGUUUUUUUCCGGUAAAAAAUGGUUGUAAAACAUCAUGUUGAAGGAUACGAUAAUUUUUUCAAGUUCAUGGAAUCUAUUGAAAACCAGCAAUCAAACAAGCCUAUAAUUGUGCUUUUCAGUGGAAGUAAACUUCCUAGUGGUCGGAGCUGGUGUCCAGAUUGCGUUGACGCUGAACCAUUCAUUGAGAAAGGUUUGAAAGCUGCUCCGGAAUCAGCACCUUUUAUUUAUGUUGAAGUUGGUGAUCGAGCAUUCUGGAAAGAUCCAAAAUGUCCAUUCCGUACAAAUCCAAAGACAAAAUUAAACGUUUUGCCAACAUUAUCACUAUGGGGAACUCAAAAACGUUUGGAAGGGGAUCAAUGUUUAAACAUUGAACUUAUUGAAAUGAUGGUGACUGAUGAUGAUGAUUAAAUAAAUAAAAAUACAUCUAUUAUCAUUUCA